UUGUUAUUUCUCCAAAUCGUUUAAAAUUUAUUCUUGAUUUGUUCUAUGCAUUUUUGGCUACCUUAGCUUGGGUAUUCUCUUUUUGGACUGGUUUAAUAAUUUCAAAAGAAAAUUUAAAUUUUUUUAUUUCCAAUAAAACAAAAUAAUGUUGCGACUUAAAACUGUUUAUAGCACUCCAAUAUCUGUCGAAUAUCGUGCUUCCACGCUUUCAUUUGCCAAUAUUUGGCAUUUCUUCAGCUUCCCUUUAUCAGCAAUAAUUGCGCUGUUUUUAACGUUUGCUACACAGGGGUUGUGGCGAAGGACCAACACUUAUUUAGAGCGGCCUAUUGUACAGUUUAAUGAACAAUUAUUUCUUUUAUUCGAAGACGGGGAAGGCCAAGUCCAACAUUUUUGGAGCCCUGUAACUCAUUGGAAUGAACGAUGGAGUGAAUACUUGACUUUUCCUGCAUUUGAAAUGAGUAGUUUGGAUGUAGACGAUGAUGGUCGACCAGAGGAGGUUCUUGGACGUAUAUGA